AAAGACGAGACCUUCGAAGGAAAGAGAAACCGAGAAGAGAUAAAACAAAAACCACUUCAUCUCCCUGGGCAUUAUAUCUACUCGGAAUGUUCUUCGACUUGCUCCAGAGAUUUUCCAACUUUGCGUGAGAAGUGGCGUGGCGCUGAAAAGGAGGGAAAAGCACGAACGAACAGACGACGGAAAGAAAAGCUUCCACUCUCACACCGUUUAUAUCAUACGCAGUAAAACUCGAUUUACGACAAAUCAUACGUGAAGCACAACAACUUACUCAAGACAUCCAUCAUACCCUACCCAUGGCCCCUUCUCUCUCUCUUUCUCAACUCCCUCCGUUCGCCCCCUUCCCGCCCUCGUCCGUUCGAUCCCAGCUUGCCCAAAAUGACUGGGACGACCUCCUCGACAGCUGCGUCACCCUAUCACGAGCUUACCUCUCAUUAACCGAAACCCAGGACCUUACAAGAGCCGAAUCUGUCUCUGCCUUCCUGAUUUCCCUGGUCUCCGAAAUAGCCGAGAAGGGGCCCUCUCAAACUCUGGGCUUCUCACAAACGGCAAGGGCCUUGUUACACUGGACAUCGCUGCUCCUGGGGAGAUGUCUCGAAUCACCCAAGACACCACCACCAGAGCUCACACGAUGGCAAGUCCUCGCAGACGCAGCCAGGGUCUACACCAAAACCCGCCUCUUCGGCCCGCUUGCCGCCCUUUUCGCGACACACCCUUCAUUACUCGAGAAGAGCCUCUCGCCACUGAAGAAGUCUCUGAUCAUGCAGCUUGACGCGGGAAUCAAGACCGAUUUGAGUGCAUUGGAACGCACCCUUGCUCGCCUAAACUACCUCCUCCAUGCAUCACCAGAUGCCGCAGCCUUCUUCCUUGCAGGUAGUGAUUUUUUCGACGGUCUGAUCACUUGUUACCGGAUCACAAAUCCGCCUCUCAGGAAGGUCCUCGUUGCUACGGCAUACUUGUGUCUCGUCGGGCUCACCGAGGACGGCCCCCUGACGGACGGAGGCAAGGGAAAGGGAAAAGAGAAGAAGCCCCGAUGGGGUAUGCUCACAGACUCCCUUUUCGACCUGGCUACGGCUGCCGAGUCCCACCGCGUCGGACCUCUGAACCCCAACGACUCCCUCGUGCCGGACCUCGUGAGCGUCACGCCCUUGCUGGCCGUCGUCUCGAAGCGGGCCGAGGAGGCCGGCGCGAUGACGCCCACGCUUAGAGCAAGAGUGGAGGCGCUUCAGAAAUUCAAGAAGCUCGGCGUCGGUGUUUCGCGGCCAAGGGCAAAAAGGAGGGCCCGGCCGAGGGCUGUCGACAAGGGGAAGGGCCGCGACGACGGGGCCGAGAUGCAUGUGCAUCGCAUGAGCCAGAUCGCGCUCGUUCAGGACCUUUUCCCCGACUUGGGAUCGGCGUUUGUGGCGAAACUGCUGGAUGCGUCUGAAGAUGACCCGGAGGUGGUGAUCGCGAAACUACUGGAAGAUGCCCUGCCGCCUCAUCUCGCCAAUGCCGACCGCGGGGAGCAACUUGCGCCUUCAUCUGGACCCGGCACACAGCCAUUCCACCACGACAUGGCGCCACGGCCCACGCCGCCACCACGACCACGACCAACAGCCACCCACGCUCUACCGGCACGCCGCAACGUCUUCGACGACGACGACCUCGCCGAAGACAUGUCCAACCUGCACUUCGGCAAGCGCAACCCCGAAAAGACAGCCGACGACGUGCUAGCCGACCGCUCCACCGCGCCGAAGACAGCCGCCAUCCUCUCCGCCCUCGCGGCCUUCGACUCGGACGACGACGAGCGGGACGACACCUACGACGCCGACGACGUGGGCGGCGCCGUCGACACGGCGGCCGGCGAAGACGACGCCCUCGCGGCGGAGGAGGCCGAGGGCAGGGCGCACGAAGAUGCGCUGUUCGGGGCGUGGCAGGCCGACGCGAAGCUGUUCGACCGGGACGCCGCCACGAGGAGGAGCGCCGGGAGGGCGAGGCUCAGGGAGGAGACGGGGAUGACGGACGAGGCGAUUGAAGGGUGGGCUGUCAUGCUGGGGCGGAAUCCGCGGUUGAGGCGGAAGUUGGAGAGUAGGUUUACCUUGUUCCGGGGGGAGCAGACGGAGUUGGCGAGCACGGCGUGGCGCGCGAGGGCGGAGGGCGAGGAGGAGGAGGAGGGCGAGGGCGAGGGCGGUGCCUCUUCUUCAUCGAUGCGAGGCGGACGGGGACCGGGACGUGGCAGGGGGAGAGGGAGGGGGAGGGGAGGUAGGGGUGGAGGGGACGUGGCUGGACCUGCGGGGGACAAGGACACGCAGUUGGCGCGGAGGAGGAAGGAGGCCAAUAAGGGGUCGAGGGCGAAUCAUAACCAGCGGGAUCAGAGGGCGAGGAAGAUGGCGAGGGGUGGGUUUGUUGGUUAGUGGCGACGUGCUGUUCGUGACCCCCGGGGGUUGUUUGUUCAUGGUAUCAUAGACAUGGACAGUUGAUGUCGGAUGCAGAGGCAUUAGAAGAGAUGCAAGCGAAUAUCAAACCGACUCCUAUGAGUAGGACU